GGGCGAGAGAGGAGGGGAGAGAGCCCCAAGGCACCCCGAUCCCGAGCGGAGCGGCUGCGAGCCGGGCGGGAACGGGGAGUGCGCGGGAGGCAGGAGGGGCAGAGGCGGCGGCAGCAGCAGCCCCGGCAGAGGAGGAGGCAGAGGAGGCAGCCCCGCGGAGCCUUCGCAGGCGGUGAGGACGGGUGGAGUUCAUUUCUUUUGUUCCUGAGAGCUGAAUAGGAGAAAGGGACAUUUCAGCUUUUCUUGAUAAAGAUUAUAUUAUCUUACUUAAACUGUGAGGCAAGAAUACUUCUUGAAAAUUAAGAGUUUGACAGCUCUAAGGCACCACCAGUACCUGUGGAAAAGGGCUUUAAUCCUACACUGCAUCCUCAGCGUGGGUUUGGAGUGAUUUCGCGCAAGGUCGUUCACCUCCUCUGUGCUGCUGUGGGUCGGACAGCUUGUCAUUGAGCAAAACAUCGAGUAGCAGCCAGUUUUCUAGACAACAUGGCCUUGCGAAGUUCUGGCAAGCUGAGCAUGGAGACCAGAAAAGACAGUGAGAGCACGGCCCCUGCUCCUCCCCAGAAGAAACUGUCCUGCCAGUGCCACCACCACUGCCCUGAGGACUCGGUCAACAACACCUGCAGCACUGAUGGCUACUGCUUCACCAUAAUAGAAGAGGAUGAGUCCGGUGGACAUUUAGUCACCAAGGGAUGUCUUGGAUUGGAGGGCUCUGACUUCCAGUGUCGGGACACUCCUAUUCCACACCAAAGAAGAUCUAUUGAAUGUUGUACAGGCCAGGAUUACUGUAACAGGCACCUUCACCCUACACUGCCACCACUGAAGAAUCGAGACUUUGCUGAAGGAAACAUUCACCACAAGGCCCUGCUGAUCUCAGUGACUGUUUGCAGCAUCCUUCUGGUGCUUAUCAUCAUAUUCUGCUACUUCAGAUACAAGCGCCAGGAGACGAGACCCCACUACAGCAUCGGGCUGGAGCAGGAUGAGACCUACAUUCCCCCCGGAGAGUCCCUGAAGGAUUUGAUCGAGCAGUCCCAGAGCUCAGGCAGCGGAUCCGGGCUCCCUCUCCUGGUUCAAAGGACCAUUGCAAAACAGAUUCAAAUGGUGAAGCAGAUUGGAAAAGGUCGCUAUGGAGAAGUCUGGAUGGGAAAGUGGCGUGGCGAAAAGGUAGCAGUGAAAGUGUUCUUUACCACAGAGGAGGCCAGCUGGUUCAGAGAAACAGAAAUCUACCAGACUGUCCUCAUGAGGCAUGAAAAUAUUCUUGGAUUCAUUGCUGCAGAUAUUAAAGGUACAGGAUCUUGGACCCAGCUGUAUCUUAUCACUGACUACCAUGAGAACGGCUCACUUUAUGAUUACCUAAAAUCCACCACCUUGGACACAAAAGCCAUGCUGAAACUGGCUUACUCCUCUGUCAGUGGCUUGUGCCACCUGCACACUGAGAUCUUCAGCACUCAGGGCAAGCCUGCCAUUGCCCACCGUGACCUAAAGAGUAAGAACAUCCUGGUGAAAAAGAAUGGCACCUGCUGUAUAGCAGAUUUGGGCUUGGCUGUUAAAUUUAUCAGUGACACAAAUGAGGUAGACAUCCCUCCAAACACCCGUGUAGGAACAAAACGUUAUAUGCCUCCCGAGGUGCUGGAUGAAAGCUUGAAUAGAAAUCACUUUCAGUCCUACAUCAUGGCUGAUAUGUACAGUUUUGGACUCAUCCUUUGGGAGAUAGCAAGGAGAUGUGUUUCAGGAGGAAUAGUUGAGGAGUACCAGCUUCCAUACCACGACCUGGUGCCCAGUGACCCCUCGUACGAGGACAUGCGGGAGAUCGUGUGCAUCAAGAGACUGCGCCCUUCGUUCCCCAACAGAUGGAGCAGUGAUGAGUGCCUGCGGCAGAUGGGGAAGCUGAUGAUGGAGUGCUGGGCUCACAGCCCUGCCUCCCGCCUCACCGCCCUGCGCGUCAAGAAAACACUUGCCAAAAUGUCAGAGUCCCAGGACAUUAAACUCUGACUCUGCCAGAGGCCCCUGGAAAUGGACUUUCUUGUGGAGGCAGAAGUCCUGAAGAUGUAUCAAAAGUCUUUGCUAAUGGAGGAGUCACGCUGAAGAGCAGCCGUGAGUUUUUGAGGAGACUAUCCAUUGAAAAAUCCACCUGAAUUUUGACAUGCAAGAUGGAAGAGGCUUGUCUGCCCUUGUUUACAUGGGGAAAUACAGUUUUAGUAACUGGUUUAAGAUUAUGCAUGUUGCUUUCCAUGAAAGCCACUUCUUAUUUUAUUAUUAUUAUUAUUGUUAUUUUUAUUAUUUUGAUUGUUUAAAAAAAUACUGCUUUAAAUUUUAUGAAAAUAAAACUUUUGGGUUAGAAGUAAAAAAGAUGUAUAUUGUUACAUUAAAAAAAAAUUGGAGGAAACUGCUGAAAAUGAAAGUAAAUCAACUUUUUCAUUUCCAAAAAGACUAUUGCACUCCAGCCUUAAAAAAAACAAAAAGGUGAGUGGAUCUGUGUAGCUCAGAGGAGCUCUAAUGGAGCCUGCCUUAAAAGCCACCUAUUUGUGGAGAUAACUUUCCGAACCCUGUGUGUGCAAGUGAUUCUCAGAGUACAGAGAUGGAGCCCAAUUGCAUCCCUGCCAUCCCAGCUGGUGUGGGUGGCCUGAUUCCUGUGGGUGGCCUGUCCCAGGAAGGUUAUGCUUUGUUUAAGGUACUUGGGAGCUGUAUGAAUAUGGUUUGGUGUGACUUUUUUAAAGAAGAUCUUCAUGUUUCAAGGAAACCUGGUGGGAAUAGUACCACAGUGAUAAACAAGUGCCCUUUUUCUUGGCUUUUUUUCCCCUUCCUUUUCACCCACUGCAAAAUAAAAUAUUUUGUGUGCAAGUGGAAAUAAGGUACACAUUUGAAUCUGCUGUGCAAUUUGAAACUUCUAGGACCCACAAACAACCACUGUUCAAGAGGAAAUUCCUUGUGAGAAGGAAUUAUUGCUCUUUCAUUUGUGUAAAUGUGAGGGGUCCACCUACAAGCACAGCUGAGAAAAAAAAUCUGUGUUCUAUUUUUUAAGGGAAAGUGAAAAACCUCAAAAGUGCCCAUUUCUGGGGUGGCAAUCAUAUUUUUUUGAGUGUGAGGAGACUGGUGCCUUGAGGCUGUAGUAGGGAAUGACAGGGAGGAAGGGUGGGACACAUUGGGUGGGUGGUGAGAGCUGGGAGCCGUGGGCAGCAGUGGGUACCAGCCUCCAGCACUCCUGCUGCAGUGAGACACCACAAACUGAACUGUUGGCUCCAGCUUUAUCUGCACUAUUGUUUUGUGUGCCCUUCCAGCAGCCUCCACACCUCUGGCAGCUGCUGCACAGCAGUGCCAGGCUCUGCUGCCGGGCUGGGGCUGUGUAGCAAUGUGGUUCCCAGCAAGAGGAGCUGUCAGGGGAAAAGGGCAGUGGGAAACGUAUUUUCUGUCUUCCCCUGUUCCUCCUUCCUGGGUCUGCAGUGGUUGUAGCAAUGCUAAUGCUACAGAAGGGGAAAUGAGAGGUGAAAUAUACCCUGGGAAGCGUUUUCUUUGGAAAGGUUCUGUUCUUCAUCAGAUUACCAAAGCUGAGCUGCAUGGGAGUUACUGGUUUACCCUUUUUUACCCUUCAUUUGUUUUUUAAAAAUUUCCUGCCUGCCUAUGUUGUUUUACUAGAUGGUGUUCAGCUUAAUUUUUAAAUAAGUCCUUACAAAUGCUGCUUUGAUUAUGCUAAGCCUAUUUCAGAACUGAAAUAAUUGCCAUGCAGGAUUUAGCCUCAGCACUUCUGUAAUGUUUCUUUCUCUUUUUUUUUCCCUUUUUGGACAAAACUGAUUUAUUUGUGGUAGGUAGGUGUAUAAUUGGGGUUUAGCUUAACAGCUCCCUGAAGGUAUUUCUAGCUGGAAAAAUUACCAUUUUAUACUUUCAAGCUAACAGAGAAAAAUGCGCAGUUCAAGAGAACCAGCAAGACCUCCAUGAUGAUAGGUGUUAAAAAGCUUAAUCAGAAGUUUUUUGUUCAUUAGAAUGCUUUUUCUGCAGUGCAGUUUCCCUGCCUGUACCCAAAUUUACCAAGCAAUACAAAAAGAAAAUCUCUGAGAGUUAAUAAUACACCAAAUCCUGACCCCAGGAGGGGCAAGGAUGGUUUCCCCAUCCUUAAAAACUGGUUGUGAGGCUGAGAGCAGAGUUUGCUCCUUGGCCACCUUGACCUUGAGAUUUGUGGGCUAAAUUGGGGACAGCCCAGCCUCUCUUCACCUUUUUGUCUUAGUGAAUGGAACCAUGGCUUUCCAGUCUCAUUUCUUCCCACAGAAGCCAGCACAACCUGUGGAUCUGAGAGUUCUCAGCUCCAAAGAAGGGCACAGGACUUGCAGGUGCCAGCUCGCACAGCAGGGAUGCUUCUGUCCUCCCUGUUUAGGUCUGUUUCACCUCUUCCCUCCUAAAAUAUAUAUAUUUUUUAAUAAAUUAGCAGGGCUCUCUCCCCAGGAGUGUUUAGGAGGGUGCUUUGCCAGCUGGCAGCACGAGGCAUGCAGUGAAUGCCCCUGGCACCUGCUGUCAGCAUGCUGCAAGAGAAAGGGCCAGUCAUUGGUUUCCUGAGCAAAUCUUACCUUUUUUUCUUGGUCCAGAAGAAAAGGGUCUAAGAUACUGGUUGACAGAUCACAUAAAGUGUGUAUGUUAAAUGUUCAAGUUUAUGUGUUUUUAUAUAUAUAUAAAUAUAUAUAUAUAUAUAUAUUCAGUUGCGAAUCUGGAAUAGCUCCAGUAUGUGGAUUAAGAGUAAACUAUUAUGGAUGAAAAAGCACUAAAUAAAACAUAAUAUUUAUUUAUGAAAAUGCAUAAAAGACAAAUCACUGCAACGGUGCUGUAUAGGAAAAUAGAUAAAUAUAUAUAUAUAUAAAUGAGGAGACACAUACUGAGAAAGCAAACAGUCUGCGGUUGUGUAACUAGUGCCUGCCUAUUUUCUCCCAAGAUCAGAUUUUGCCCUCAAAUCUAUCCACUGUAAUCUAUUGUGAAGGGCUAUUCCUAAGGCCAAAAAACAGCCUGAGGCAAGUGUGGAGGUCUUUUUUCCAGCACUGUGACAUUGGAGUCAGGAUGCCUGCAUGGGUGACUUCCUGCAGUGCUCAGUGUAUCAUUAUUAAGGUUCAGCACCUGCAGUGACUGCAGGUUAGUGUGUUUAUUUUGCCAGGUGUGGCCUGUUAAUGUCACUUCCAUAUUUUGGUAGUUUCAAAGGGCACGUUGAUGAGGGCUUGGAAGUCACUGGUAAAGAUAAUUGUGGCUUAGGUGCCCUAGGGUCUAGAAAUCCACUUUUCAAAUGUAAAUCAUUCAAGGAAGUGUAGUUUAGUUUCUUCCUGGCAUAGGUGAGAUGGCAUUUGAAAGUGGGAGAAGAAAAAAAAAGAGAGAUUCCAUCUAGCAACUGCUAUCCUUUCUCUAGCACAAAGUUAUUUCUAUUAAAGAAAAGGUUGUCAAUGUAGAGACUAAGAAACUAAUUUGUGUUCUUUUUUGAGAACCAGUGCCUUAUUAAUCCUGUAAAUACUGUAAUUAGAACACCUGGGGAACAAACUGUGUUAUGUUGUAUUUGUUCAAAUUGUAUAUGGUUGUUCUAACAUUCCCUCCCAAUAAAAUUGCUUCCAUCUCCCCAUGACAGAGAUUGCUAUUUCCUUUUCAUGUGCUUGAAAAGCACCAUCUUUUUGUUUUAUUUUUCUGGAAAGAUUAUUUUGACUGUGCCUCAUUUUAUUUAUUUUAUUUUUAUAAGAUUUUUUCAUCUGAACAAACAAGUAAACAGCAAUAUGUUGCAUAUGUUUCCACUGGCAUAAAAAAGCAUCACUCCUUUCACAAGUCAGUGAAGAGAAAAAUAGUAAUUAAAAUAGUGUUAUCACUAAUAGAGCAGUUGCUUGUGUUUUGUGGCUGAUUAUGUAAAUCUGUCGGAACUCUGCAUUAGCAUAAUAUUUUUUUAGAUACCCCCCUUCAUUCUGCCACAUCUUUAUGAGUAUUUCUGACUCCUAUUUUUAAUAGCACAAGAGGAACAGGAGUCAUCUCUGCACAGACUGAAGCAAUAAUUCCCAGCUCCAUGUAUCAGGUGAAAAAAUUUCAGCCUAAAAUCUCCAGCAUCAGCUGAAAGUGGCAUUGCUUAAUGCUGAGACAUGGAGUGUGUACUUCUGCAUCCAGUGAGGCAUUUCUGGGAAUUUGUCCCUAAAGCAGGAGCACUAUUCUCAUUCUGCAGUGCUGUGCUGCAAAUGCACCUCAGUGUUUCCUAAUGUUUAAAUGCCUUGCUGGUUAUUUCCAGAGAAGUGUGUAAAUAAUGGCAAUUUUCCCUUCAGCUGCACAGCCCCUGCAGCCCUCCUGCUUUGCCCCAGACUGUCUGUGCUCAGUGGCAUUGCGGUUAUUCCCCAGCAGCAUUUCUACAGCCCCCUUGACCUGGCCACAUUGAGGUGACCAAGCCCUGUGCUGGCUGCCCAUUGCCCCUGGCAUGCCACUGAAUCCACAGUUCUUAUGUACAGAAACAUUUCUUCUGAGGAGAUUUUCUUUUUUUAAAAAAGAAACUAAAUAAAAGACUCCACUUCCAAGCUUCCAGGAACUAAACAAUUGAACAAAAGGUGUAUUUUUUUUUCCAGUUGCUUAUAAAUAUAAUUUAUUACCUGUUUAAAAAUUCUUUCUUACACUUUGUACAUGUCAGGCUGACAGAAUAAAUGCAGGCAUUUACAAACAGAGGGAAGGAGAAAAAAGGGAGGGGGGUAAGAGGCACACUCAGAACUAGUAAACCACACCUCCACUGUACAGCAAUACAAAUAAUGCAAUGGCUAGCACUUCUCCUGUAGUAAGUCAGUCUUUAGAAAAGGAAUUGCAUAGAAGAUACAGCAAUAGGGAAAUCAAAACCAAAAGAGUUCUCCAGAUCUGAAUAGCAAAGAAAACAAAUCCCACGAACCCCGGUAGAGCUGUGACAUGGGAAGAGAAGGGAGAAAUGUGAUACACCUGGGUCACACAGAUGUUUCUUUUCCUACGGGCCCUCCUUUACUUUGGAAAAGUACUGAAGGUACCCUCUUUGAUUUUAUUUUUUUUUUCUUUAACAAUAACAGAACAUGUGUUAGCAAAAAGAGUCUGCCACGCAGAUGUGUGAAAACAGCGAUGCCACAACUCCACUGUCUCAGCUGUGUCACACACCGCGGGUUAUUGGCUCUCGGCUCGGAUGUUUUUGCAAGGUACCUUGAAAAAUCUGCAGGGAGAAGAGUGUUUUGCCUCUUCUUCCUAAUUUUGUUUACUUUCCAGACCAAUUUUGCUUUUUGUUUGUAUUGUGCUAGCUCCCAAAUUUACUGGCAAGUGGUAGUCAGAGCCAGCUGGCAGCAGCCAAAGAAGCUCUGGGGCCCGUGCAAGCUUUUCUCAUCUCAGGGCUCUUGUCCCAUCACCCUCCCAAUGACAUCCCACUUCCUCACAGGCAUCCCAAAGCUACUCUCUUGCCAUGACAUGGGAUGCUUUGGGAGCAGAGGGCAGGCCCAGGAUGCAGCACACAUAGAAAUUAAUCUCUUUGUCAGCAGUUGAGGAGACUGAGCCACUAAUAAAUACAUUUAACCAGCACCACAGAAAACAUGAAAUACCUAUUUGGGAUAGAGGUUUGUGGGAAUUCUGGAUUAUCAUUGCUUUUUUUUUGUACAGACUCAAAGGACUUCCAGAUAAAGGAUUUUCAGAUUUCAGGGAGCAGGGAUCAAUUUUAAAGGACAAAUAAGUAAAUAAACUAAAUGCUCCUAUUCAAGCAAGGAGCCUGACCUACCAAACUUGUGGCUUGAAUUUAAGUCCAAUUCCAGUUACUUGCCAGUUUUUACUCUGUUGGCUUUUGACAUACUGCCUAUUUGACCUUGCAGUGAUGAUACAGCACUGAAUUUUUACCUUUACCUUCCCAUUCAGAGGAUGCCCAUACCUAGCAUGAGUGCUAAAAGUCUCCAGCAGGUAGUGUCCUUUGUUUUCUCCUCGUUGCCUGUAUGUACACACACACUUACUUUGCCUUUCUGUCCCACUUCAAAGGAUGUCUGAGAUACGUACUUCAGCAUUUAAAAAUCUGCAGUGCAGCUCAUUUAUGGACUCAAGGUUUCACACACAAGCUAGGAAUGGAUUGCAGUGGUGACCCCAAAGUCAGUAACUCACUGGAGUCCUUGUGGGAAAAGGGACAAAGGUUUGGUUUUCAUUCACAAACCACUCAUGUCUUUGCACCACCUGAUACUGACCAAGCCAGCCUGCAAACACUGAGUUACUUCAUGGCCAGGUGAGAGCCAGACUAAUACCUGAAAAGACUUCUGAACACUCAGUAAGAUUGUUUACAAAGUGCCCUGAAAACAAGAUUAAAAAAAACCCAAGCCAACCUCAACAAAAUUAUUGUGUUUAAAAUGAACCUCAGAGCUGUGGUAACUACUUGGCAGAGCAUACAAGGGUCUAAGGGCCCACCCACCCCUCCCUUCCCAAUGCCCCCUGCCCCCAAAAGAAGAAAAGGAGAACCAAAAAGAAGCUAUUGUAGGUAGCAAUACAAGACAUUAGGACACUGUCCACAAUGACAGGCUUACAGCAUGUAAAUACAUUUAUUCUAUAUGUAAGCAACUGAAAUAGCAGGAAACCCAGGGAAUGGACAUGUUUGGCUCUGUGGGUAUUGCAGACUCCAACAUGUCUCGUGAGUGUCUGCAUUUCUGCCAGCGAGACAGAAAAAAGUCUUGGUCUCCCAAAUUAAGCAAAUCUUGACUGGAGACACUUUGACUGCUGCAAAAUUUUCAAUAUCCACUGGAACAGCACUUAGAUCUUGCACUGUUUAGCAAGACACAGUGGAGCAGUUGUGAUCAUAAAUUUUGGAAAAAAAAACCAACCCAACCAAACCCCAAACUUACCCUAUACACUGACAGUCACCUUUACAAGAACACAACACAAGAAGAACUGAAGAAAAAAAAAGGUGAAAAGGAUUGCCUCCAAUAAAUGUUUCUUACUCGGAAAUUAAAGGUUUUCCUUGAAGUCAGUAGAUAUUUUAUAUAUAUUUAUAUAAUAUAUAUACUAUUUAUAGCACUAGCAAUCAACAUGUAAUGAAGAGAUGGUGUGAAGAGCAGCAAAACUGCUGCAGUACAGAGCCAAAGGUGAACAACUAAAAGGAAGAGCAUUUUUAAAAAUAGCAAUAACUGGAGGAUAAGAAGCCUGCAGCCUUUUUUUGUUUGCUUUUUUCUCUUAAAGAAGAUGUGCUCACCUGAAAUAACAUCUUACAACAACUUGUAAGAGUCAGCUCUGCCUGCCAAGCUCCUUUGCCACAGGGAGCUUUUUUCCGUGUGACGUUGCUGUGGCGGCAGCGACGUGGUGGAGCUGGGGCUCAGCCCCACGAGAUGGCACUGUGUCCAUGCAAUCCAGGCAGAGGAACUGCUGCUGGGUUUUCUCCCACCAAAAACAAUAUCCUGAACCCAUCUGGCUGCCCUUGCUUCCCACCUGCUCUCCUUGAGGCAGCAGGAUGGGGAUGCUGCUGUGAAUGCCACCAGCCAGAGCCCUCUCCCACAGUGCACAGUGCCACUGCCACUCCCCCAGAGAAAAAGAAAAAUCUGAGCAAAAUUAAUGCAGGGAAGUGUGAGGUGAGCUGGGAGCUGCUGUUAGCAGCAGUGGCAAAGAAUGGGUGCAGAGCUGCUGGGAUGAGCUGUGGCUCUGUGGAGGAACCUUCCCCUGCUCUCCCUGCCCUGUCAGGGCUGAGGCAGCCCAAAGGGCUGUGCUGGGAGCCUGCCAAGCCUAUGGAGCUGCUGCUGGAGAAACCACCCAGCCUAUGACUGCAGCAGGGCAUGGCAGGUGGUUUCUGAGCAGCUGGGGGAAGAACAGCAGCUUCACCACCCAGUGGCAGUCAUGCUGCUGCCCAAGUCAUGUUCAGUGAUGAAGGGUUACAUUCCUGACCUCCAGCCACUCUCAAUCAGAGUGUGCAUUUUUCUUCACAAUAAAUCCUCUUUAUUGUGAUGCUGUAAAAGGAAAACGCCCCAAAACACUGAGGAAGUUGUUCAUCUGCAAGUUGUUUCUCUUGCAGAAGGCAUCAGAACACAGGUCAGAGGGCUGGCCAAAGGAGCAUGAACUCAUAGCAGUACAGAAAAAUAGGAGAGACUUUGUGGCCCAGAUCCUGGUGAGAAGGGUGCACAUGCUGCCCACCUAGAAAAAAUGAGAGCUGGGGAGCAACAGUGAGCCUGGGGAUCAACCAACACAGACUGAGCUGAAAAGGCCAAAGGGUUUAAGGACAGUUCAGCUCCUGCACCUGCCUUGGAAGAGAAGUCAAGGAAGGACACACAGGAAAGGUGAAGAAGCACAAAAUAAACACAACUGAUUGCACCUAAAGAUGGCAUGGGAAGGACAAAAGCUGAGACCUACCUUUAAGAGCCAUUUUAGCCCUCUGAGGUAAGUCAAAGGUGUGGAGAAAAGGCAGAGCUAAAAGCCUCAGUCCAACUCUCCAAAAGUUGAAAGCAAAAUUUCCAUUAGCAUUGCAGUGGGCUGCACCAGAUGCCCAAGGUGAAAAAGAAGAUGGCUGUUCAUUGAGAGGAUGCCCAUGGUAUCUCCACAUUAAGAGAAGGCGGGGCUUACAUGAGCAAAAUGCACACAGAUGUUGAAAGCUACAAUGUCCUCUGGUCUCCAGUUUUGACUGAAAUGCUGGUUUGCAAACUGCCUGGUUACCUCUUACAAGGAAGAGAACUUUUUUGUGCUGGCUGUCUGGUGGUAAAUCAAAACCUAACUCACUGGUCAGGGAACUAUAAGCAAAAAGUGACAAGGCUGUGGAAAUGUCAAAUGGAAAAAAAGGUCAGAUGAAAUUUUCUUUUCAUUUUGACCGAUGACAUUUUCAGUUACCUUCAAAGGUGCAAUCUGGAAAGCCUUGGGGAAAGCAAAACUAAAAGCACAAAAGAGAACAAGCUAACUUCAGUCUCGGGAAGCAUAUGGAAUGGUAAUGCAUACGUGGGGAGGGGAAUGCAUGUGUGCACAACAGCAAUAACCAGGGCCUGGCUGGGAACCUGGAGUGGACAGGUUGGGGCAGACAAGCCUUUCUGUGCCAGACAUAAAUGACAGCCCAGUCAGGUGGUAAAACUACUGCAAUCCUAUGUGCUGUCAUGUACCAAAGCCACAAUUUUCAGUGAACAGAAAAAAUAUGUUUGCAGUGACAACCAUUUUUGGUUUGCUCCUUUUGCAAAGCUCCUAUCUCACCUGUUUUGUGAGGGCUGUAGAGGGACAAGUGUUCCCUGGCCAGCCACUGAGGACUGCACUGCCCUGCCCAGGCAGCGGUGGUGGCAGGAGCAGCAAAGGCAGCAAACUGCAGCACACAGGAUCUCAACUUCACCGCUCCCCUGCCCUGCACUGCCCCAUGGAACACAGGCUUCCCUGGCUGCAGCAGUGCCUGGGAAUGUCCAUGGAGAUCUGCCAAGUGCAUCUCACAUAGAAGUGACCCAGCAGAGGGCUGGGCUGGCAGCAGCCCUGGCACAGCAAGCAUUGCUGGAGCUGGUGGGUUUCAGUGAGACCUGCAGAGCUGUGGGGAACUGCUGGCUCUUAGAAUGCUACAAAACAAAGCAAAAAUUAUGGAGGGCCACCUUGGAUGCAUAAAUCAGGUGGAGGAUGUCAGUGCCUCCACAUGCUUGCACAAUCUCUGGUACACAGCCACCUCAGGACAGCUUCUUGGAGCAACCUGUCACACCAGGGUCACACACUUGGUGGGUGAAGACAAGCAGAGUGACACCAGUUCAUGCUGCCUUGGCACUGGCCGUGGAGCACAGCAAUGCUAACAAGAGGUGAGCAGCCUCUGUGGGCUGGCAGAGGACUCUGGAGGAGGAGUACGAUGACAAAUGGAAGGACAGACAGCAUAGAGAGGGACACGUCUUAAAAAGACCUUCAGGGAGGGGACAACAGGUUCCAUAAAACCAGAAAUUAUUCAUUCUGCUGCUGACAAUAUUAGAAAUAAAGUAAUAAUGGCAAUAAUAAUAGUCAUUAUAAUCCUUGCACUAGAUACUAAUCAGUAAAUAACUAUCCUAGCAACUUCUCUUUUUCAUUUUUUUCUGGGUUUCUCCCCCUCCCCUCCAAUUGCAUAUUUGGCCCCUCAUAUAGCAAAGGGGUGGAAAGGGUGUGAAUUGAAAAUUAACUCAGAUCCUUCAUUCCCCACUGUCUUAGAGCUAUUCUCCACAAAAGGCUCAGUGGGACUGUCUUGGGGAAGAAAGGGAACAUUUAGUGUGUUCCUGCUUAUCAGCCAGAGUACCUGCUUUCCAGAUGCACACCCUGAUUUUCUUGGUUUGUUUUUUUUUUUUUUUUUACAAGUAGGUCUAGGAAA